UUAAAUUGCCAAUAUCAAAAUGAUUAGCAGUGCACUUUAACUCCAAUGUCCGAAUUUUCGAGUGAUAACAGCUUAGACUCAAGGAGCCACGAUGUGCCGCCGCAGCGCCCCAUCCUGGAAAUAUCGGCAAGUGCACACAUGGCUUUGGUAUCAGCCGCCGUUUGUCGCAUCUGCCACACGAGUUCCGAGCUUGAAAACCUUAUAUCUCCGUGCAACUGUAAAGGAUCAUUAGCGUUCGUCCAUUUAUCCUGUUUAGAGCGCUGGUUAAAUCAGUCCAGCAGAAGUUAUUGCGAGUUAUGCAUGUUCCAGUACAAUGCGAUCGAAACAAAACGCUACAGAUUAUGGGAAGGAUUGAUUUUAUGGAUUAGACAUCCCAGAAACAGAGCCCACGUACGUUCCGAUGUGGCUAUAGCAGCACUUUUAACUUUGGUCACAUUCGGACUGGUUGGCGUUUGUCUGAUGGGCAUGGAAUAUUUCGUUACCGAAAGUAACAGGUUUGGUAUUCACAGAAACUGGACAAGAAACACCAUUUGUCUCUUCCUAGCUAUUGUUAUAUUGGGAUACUUCACCACCAUUUAUCUGCUGGUGAAAGAUCAAGUGUUACCAUGGUACAAUUGGUGGAAGAACACUGUUAACGUGAAAUUGUUAUUGACUCCAAAAACUACCACACGCCACCCUUCUAAACAAAUGCCCCAUACUUCACAUCAUAUGUAAUUGUCACACCACAUUGUACCAUGCCAUUUAUGAAUUUUGAAUAAAACACUGUCACCUAUUUAU